ACCGUCAAAAUAGGAGCCGUCCCAUUCCAUCCCCGUUCAUCGCGGAACCAAACGCGCUCGCAUCCCCAAGUGAGCCGCGGCAACGUGCCGGCGGGAGAGGUGGGGACUGGGGAGCUAGGGUUCCCGUCGCCUGUCGGCGCAGACCAGUCUGAUGGUGGCGGGCGCGGGCGAGAGCCAGGAGGUGGAAAGACUCCUCUCCUACGCCGACGAUCUCGUGGGCGUCCUCCGCGUCAGCACCGACCGCGACAUCAACGCGCGGGUCGGCGCCGGAGUGCGGAGGCUGCUGUCCGCCUGCCGAUCCGAGGCUGACGACCUCGAGCUGAAGAUCAAAGAGUAUCAGGAAAAAAUAGACUUCUGCAAAGAAAAGACUGACAAAGCAAAAGUUGAAACCAUUGCUGACGAUGAACUUAAUGCACUGGAAAGCAAGAUGGAAGAAAACCUGCAGGAAGAGAAGCAGCUUCGUGAAGAGUUAAGAGUGCUACUUGAUGAGCUUGAUGACCUAGACCACCAAAGAGUUUCUAUAAAAGAAAGAACGGAUGCUGUCAAGAAGAAAAAGAAAGACACGCAGAAAGCAAAACGUCUGCUUUCCAUGUGCAUGUCAGUUACAAAUGUCGUCCCAAAUUUGGAAGACCAAGAUAAGGUUUCAGGAAAGAUUAUCGACCAGAACAGCAGGAGAAUGGAGAAAUUCGAGUUUGAGAACACGAAGCCACCAGUUGAGAUAUGCGACGAGCUCUGGAAGAAGAUUUAGCACGUGCAGAUCAUUCUUGUUGUAAGGCGGUGGAAACUAUGCCGGUGUAUUGUCGCGGGUUGGUGGUCCUCCCAUCAAGAAGGAUGCAGUUCGCCAUGUUGUUUGUAUCGUCGAGAAGUUGUACUGUUUUUUCGGUUAAGGGCCCCUUUGGAACAGACAAAAAUCUCAAAGUUUCAAAGGCGGCCUAACUGGUCAGAUUAGUUUGUUCCACGUACACUAUUUGAUCUUUGCCAGACGUUUGCUGGAGCCUAUAGAAGCCCAGCCAUGUUUGAAUAAGUUGUACUGACGUCGGUGUCCUGGCUUGCUGGCCAUAUUUCGAAGUCGUUUGACUCGACAUCCAUUCA